CCAUGAUCAUGGCCAGCUCCACUGCAAAGAAGGAAAACGACACAUUGAAGCAAAUGAGCAAAAUAUUCACACUUCUGACGAACAGAAGCAGAAGACAGGAACACAGCUGCUUUUAAAGCAUGGCGGAUUGUGAAGCAUUUAAGUACAGUCCGAGAAGAGGCAAUGCUAAUUUACGGUCUAUGCUUGGCUUUCACCAAAGUUUGCUCCUUCACCGUCCUCGGGACCGGCCGACAGAUGAUGUACCUGUUCAUAGCGAUGCUGCUGGGCUGAGAAACAACCUCCAUGCUUCCGGAGACCAUGACCCAGGAAAAGAGGCUUUACUUUCUGAGUACGAAGACUCAGAUGAUGAUGCAGCUGCCCUCUCUCUCCAUGGUAUGUCACCUGCUGGAAGCGUACUCUUGGAUGAAGAGCUCAUCCUAGACCAGAUCAAGGAUCCAGAUAAGAGCACAACGACUGAAGCGUGGAAAAGUGACUGGCACAAGAAUCACAUGGCAGCAAUCAGCAGUGAGAAGUUUGACAGCCUCCUGAAGAUGUGUCCUGAUUUCCAAGGCUGUAAGAGCAACAUGGCUGCAUUUGUUUUGAUAAGAGAAAUGUUGGAUACAGCAGGUCGUCCAUGUGAGCUUUACGAGGUUGUGGCGUUGGGGGCUGGCCGGUCAAGCUGCAGCAAGUGGCUUUGCUACAAUGGGACAAUGGUCCAUGACUGUCACGCCAUCAUCAUCGCCAAACGAGCUCUCCAAAGGUUUCUGUACAAACAGCUUCUGCUGUUCUUUGAUGCCGAUCCAAAGGCCAAGGAGAACUGUGUUUUCGAGAGCAGUGCAGACAGCCACCAGCUUCAGCUCAAACCCAAGAUCAGUCUGCAUCUCUACACCAAUCAGUGUCCUGAAGGAGCAGCCAAGGACUUCUACCUUAAGGGCCCUGCGAAUAAAUCUUGGACCAAUAUGAAGCUGCAGUAUCAUGCCAAGGGCCUGCUGGUCCCUGUAGCCUACCUUGAACCGAGUCUCUGGGGUGCCAAAGUCUGCUGCAUGUCUGGUAGUGACAAGUUGUGCCGCUGGACAAUCACUGGGGUUCAGGGUGCAUUACUGAGCCACUUCAUCCAGCCGCUCUACAUCACCAGCAUGGUGCUAGGGGGCCAGAAGAUCUUAAAUGAGGAAGUGUCUGAUAUUACCAACAUGCGACUGGGCGACGGAUGGGAGGAUGUUCUGCCGCCAACCUACAAAAAACGCAACAUCCACUUUCUCUGCGGGGACUACGUGGGGCCUGUUGUCACCUCCCCGCAGCAUGACGAUCUCAGCAUCAACUGGUGUCGUGGAGACAAGGACAUUGAAGUUCUGGACAGUAGCAAUGGCCUCAUCAUUGAUGGCUCUCCAUCUGUGAGUGGGCCUGGCUUCUCCAGCAGACUUUGCAAGAGAGCCCUCUACAGUUACUUCCUCAGAGCUGCACAGCUGAGUGGGCAUAGCUAUCUGCUGAAUCUUCCCACCUACCACAAUGCCAAGGUGGAAUCUGUCGUGUACCAGACAGUCAAAGAUCUGGUCAAGCAGCAGUUCCUGAGCGAGCACGCAGGGUCCUGGAAUUCAAAGAAGCUGGUGGACUGCUUUAGCACUUGAAUGGUCUCUCAGCAACACGCCGCAUUGAAGUUCAUUUAAGUUCCUCUUAGAGUUAUUUUACUGUUGUUUACUGUGCACUGUGCACAACAAUAAUUCGAGUUUUGGUUUAUGUAAAAUGUUGUUCAGACUGUG